UCGAAAAAUUUCAAAAGAAUCAUAAUAAUGUUCAACAUGUUUGCAGCUACUACAGCAUUUCGUGGGCUUCAGCAACAACAACAACAACAACAACAACAUCGUCAGAAUUAUGAACCAACAACAUCAACAAAUCUAAUGACAAUGACUGCUUCUAUAGAACAAGAAUAUCCAAUUUUAUCAACAACAACAUCGACAUCAUCCUUAUCAUCUGCUAAUGUAUCAUCAUCUUAUUGUGGUAUAUCAUCAUUAUCACAAAUAUUUAAUAAUGAUAACUAUAAUCAUACAUUAUUCAAUUAUAUUGAUCCUGUUACUAUUUUAUCACAAUUACCAUCAACAACAACAACAAUGGAACAAUUCUAUCCGCCACCGCAUAUUCUAUCAAAUGAUCUUAUAGAGGCAGCUAUGGCUGCAGUAGCUACUGAUUAUUAUCAACAACAACAAUCGCAUUAUAAAUCAAAAUCAGUAAACAUCCUUGCUUAUCCAAAUGAAUCAAUCAUUAAUCACAAUCAACGAUAA